AUGGAUCGUCAAGCCACGUGAGUUCCUUUGGCAUACUGGGAUCGGGUGGGAUAGCUGGCACGAACCACGGGUGGCACAACCACCAUCCGUCUUCUGCAGCGCCUGUUGAUGCAUUUUCCCCUUUCUUCGCUACGAGAUGGCGCUGACGACGCUGAUGCUGACGCCUUAUCCUUCGCCCGAUGGACAUGCACACCAACGGAAACCCUGGCUCGCAGUAACUCGCGCCGUAACGCGUACAAGAACAAGGGCAUCUUUGGCGCCGAAGGUAAGUCUAAUCCCUGCGAGAGCGGGGCUUUCCCAACAAACCGCCCUGCGCGUCGCGCCCGGCCUGAGCAUCGCAUGAACAGUGGCCACGCCCCUCGCCGUGUUGAACAGGACUUCCGGUCAUGUCUCGCGCUGCAUUAUGCUCAUCCGUGCGCUUUGAACAUUUGUAGAGCUGCGAAGGCGCCGAGAAGAAGCGCAGGUUGAGAUCCGCAAACAGAAGCGAGAGGAGUCGGUCGCCAAGAGGCGCAAUCUCGUCGUCGCACCCAAUUCGGGCUCAGCUGCAGACUCCGACGAUGAGGGGGGAAACGACUCAUCGGUUAGUCACUUUAAGGUCUUACUCUGCUCUGCGCUCCCAGCAAGGAUGGUGUCAUCCGUUGGCGAAGUCUACGCUCUGUUCGCUCCGAUUGACCGUGCCUUCCUCUCCCCCGCCCCUACUGCAAUCGAUGUAUACAGUUCAGCGACAUGUCCGACAUGAUUCGAGGUGUAUUCUCCGACCAACCCGACCAACAGCUUGACGCGACAACUCGCUUCCGCAAGCUUUUGUCCAAGGAGCGAAAUCCGCCGAUCGAGAAGGUUAUUGAAUGUGGCGUCGUGGCUCGUUUCGUCGAGUUCCUGCGCAAUGAGCAUUCCAUGAUCCAGGUCAGUUGCGCUUAAACUUACUUCGACGCCUAACGCUUCUCAAAUGUGUGGAGCACUAAUUGCCGUAUGUAUCCCAUCGCUCGUCACGGCAGUUCGAAGCCGCUUGGGCCUUGACCGUGAGUACACACGCAUCGGGGCCAGCUGGACGGCUGCAUAGCCACUCACUCGCAAUCUGACCACGGUUCUGCUUCAUUCGGGGCCUCAGAAUAUUGCCUCGGGGACAUCUGAACACACUCAAGUUGUGAUCGAGUCUGGCGCCGUGCCGGUUUUCAUCGAAUUGCUAUCGUCGAACGUUCUCGACGUGCGCGAACAAGCAGUAUGGGCCCUGGGAAAUAUUGCGGGAGACUCGCCGAAAUGCCGCGACUACGUACUUGAGCAAGGCGCAUUGCGCCCGCUGUUGGCGCUGCUGAACGAGCCACACAAGAUGAGCAUGUUGCGCAACGCCACAUGGACGCUCUCCAACUUCUGCCGCGGCAAAAACCCUCAACCGCAAUGGGAGCUCAUUUCUCCAGCGCUGUCGAUCCUGACCAAGCUCAUUUACUCGCUCGAUGACGAGGUGCUUAUCGAUGCGUGUUGGGCUAUCUCAUACCUCUCAGACGGCUCGAGCGACAAAAUCCAGGCGGUCAUCGAAUCAGGCGUCGUUCGUCGGCUCGUAGACUUGCUGAUGCACCACUCCACAGCGGUGCAGACGCCCGCACUACGAUCCGUGGGCAACAUUGUGACGGGCGAUGACUUGCAGACCCAGGUCGUGCUUGCGUCGGGCGCACUUCCAGCUUUGCUGUCUUUGCUGUCCUCGCCCAAGGAAGGGAUCCGAAAAGAGGCAUGUUGGACUGUGUCGAACGUAACAGCCGGAUCUCCCGCCCAGAUCCAAGCUGUCAUUGACGCCAACAUAAUACCGCCUCUGAUCAACAUCCUCCAACAUGCCGAUUUCAAGACCAAGAAAGAAGCUUGCUGGGCGAUGUCAAAUGCGACGUCCGGUGGUCUCCAAGAACCGAGCCAGAUCCGCUACCUCGUCAGCCAAGGCUGCAUCAAACCCUUAUGCGACCUUUUGACGAGCAAUGACAACAAGAUCAUCCAGGUCGCCCUCGACGGCCUCGAAAAUAUUCUCAAAGUCGGCGAGGCUGACAAGGUGCAGCACAACGGCACCAAUCAGUACGCUGUCUUUGUCGAGGAGGCUGGUGGUAUGCUUGCCAUCCACAACCUCCAGCACCACGAGAAUCUGGAGAUCUACAAGAAGUGCUUCCAUCUCAUGGAUACGUACUAUCCGGAGGACGAAGGCGACGACACUGGUAUUCAAGCGGCCCAGGUCGAUUCCCAAGGCGCGUUCGCGUUCCAAUCGGACCUUGCUGCUCCGCAAAGCGGGUUCUCGUUCGUGAGUCCGAGGAAAAGGAGUGUUUUCACUGACCCGACCCGCCGUCCAUAGGGGCUGGGAAUGAAUGCUAAUUAUCGGGCCCUCAUGACUUGGCAGAGCAAUAUGUCGUGA